CAUCAAGUUGCCAAAUUCCCAUUCUUCCAUCAAUAUGAUGACGCUGUCCUCGUUUGUAAAAGGUCGGAUUGACUCAAGACUCAAGAAUAGACGUCAUUACGCUUUCUGGUACCCAGCACACACAAGCUACGUAGCCGUGGUAUAUCACUGCCGAUAUAUCCUUGCACCGUUGUCCUCAUCCCCAGCAUCGACAAGACUUUUUGUCCUAGCGACGCCCUAUCGCGGCUCCAUAGAACCCACUUCAUCUAUCCUCAAGGUUCACGCAGACCAACAAAUCACAAUACAACUCCCAGUCAAGCAACAUCCCGUGUCCAGGGUGCCGUCCACCACUCAUAGCAAAAGCAACCAGAAAAUCCACCUCAUCUCGGUCAUGAAUCAGACUGCCACCCCCUCGAAUACGAAAGCUGGCGAUGCCACGUCCAAUGCGAGUCGGACAGGCAUUGGCCACCGCGUAGGGAUCGUCCCGCGCUGCAGUCGUCGCCCUUGACAUCAUCGCCACUAACGAUUGCUUAUCUGCCCGCCAAUGCUGUCAUCCCACCGAACCCUUGCUGCUGGAGAAGAGUAUACUCGCACAAAACCGCGA